AUGACACUUGCAACCAGUUCCACAGGAGGUGACACAGACGCCCUCGCAUCCUAUGUUGACAGGAAUAUCACGGCCAUCGAUACAUACGCCGAUAGUAUUGACAUUGAACCCCUUAAGAGCAAUUUAGUUACCUUGUCAAACAAUAUCAACGAACAUCUCGCCACUCUGUCCGACGCCGUUUCUACAAGCACAAAUGCAGUUCGACGGAAAUUGACUGAGUUGCAGAAUGAGCGCAUCGGCAACGCUGCAAAAAGCGGUACCGUAGCAGAAGAUACUCUUCAGGAAAUUCAUGAAAAACUUCACGAGCUGCAAACUGGCCCCGUGUCUACGGCCCUCAAAGACGCCACCGAUCUACUUGACUCGUACCUAGCCGGAGCCGAUAAGCAUUACACUCAACUAAUUUCAGACCACGUCAAAAAGGACAUCCAAAAAGCCACCGACAAGCUCACCACCCACGCCCGCAAAACGUACGUCGAGGCCAUCAAGUUCCUGCUCACGGAGUUUGCCGGCAAGGUGAGGACUGAGUUGAGGGAUCUGCCCAGGAAAAUUGAUGCGGACUUGAAGAUUGGAUUUAAGGGGUUCAUGAAAGACUUCCACGUUCCUCUUACUAAUGAUUUACGCAACGGUGAUUAUACUGUUCAUAAGUUAUCAUACGCCUUUAAGCUCUGUUUCGGGCCAUGGCAAAUGCUGCUGGAACGUGAGAUCGACAGAGUGGAUAUGGAGGAAAGGAAAAGAAAGAAUCGCGCGCCGACAGUUUCUGAGGUUACGUACACUAAAAAGCUUAAAUCUGUUUUCGGCGCACUCGAUGAGGUGCUCAUGCACUUCACCAGCAAGAAUGGGUAUGACCAUGAGACGCACGGAAAGCUUGACAAGCUCGACGCUGAGAUCGCCGGACUAAAACCAGAAACCUUCGCCAAGCCGAACACUGCCAUACUCGACAGCAUUGCCGCGGGACUCACCAAAUUUGUUAGUGAGAUGAGAAGCGUCUAUGUAUCAAAGUAUGAUCGUGCGUUGCUUACCGAUGAUUUGACGACUAACCAUCGGAUUAAAGUCACAAGCGAAAAAUCUGAGGAUACGUAUGAUUUAACAGCGUACGGCAAGAAGUGUUCGAAGGUGUGUCUCACCGUGUUUUCGAUUCUUUUUAAUGCUUUGGUCGAGAUGAGGACAGUAUGCGGUCAGGUUGGGAAUGUCAAGAGAAUCUAUGCGUCAACCAGCGACAAAAAGAAUCCGCUCGGUGAUUUCUUCAAGUCGAAUGGUUACGAUGUUGCCACUGACUCUUUGAAGCAGGACGGUGAAUUGCGUAACCAUGGGGAGUGUAGGAGCCAUAACCUCUUGGAGCUGCUUGUUGCUCCAUUUCCUGUAUUUGAUAAGCGAUCGUCGCAGGAUCACUCCGGAUUACUUAAGGAUCUAUUCGACUACCUCCACCUUUACUACCAAGUCUGCCACCUUUCCACCACCACGUCGAGGAAGCACCCGUCCUCCAUCUACGAUAUGCUGUGCUGGCUUGCCGGACUAACGUAUAGUACCGUGCACCAAGAAUUGACACUUCAUGGUUUCGAUAAGCUAUUCAAGAAGCCUGAAAAGGUACCCGCACCAGGCGAUGACCAAAAGGCUGUCACUGUCGUAACGGAAAAUGAUGAUAACCUGGACAGCGACGUCCCUCUCCGUGUUGAGGCGGAAGGUUCCUUAGAUGCCUAUCCAAAAGCAAUCACACCGUCAAUGUUAACCGACAUCCUUCCUGAAGUGUGCACCUAUUCCGAAAUUGUUCUGAUCGCGUUGCUGGGUCACGGUCACGGUGACGGGAUUUACGCCUGCGACUUCAACACCAACCCGCAAGGCUUCCAGUAUCCCACCAACAUGGACACCUUAGUGUGUAUGCUAUGCGAAAUCGUAAACCGCCUGUACAACCAACUGUAUUUCCUGUUAGAUCAGUGCAAACGUUCAACUUCGAUGAGUGGCUGGCGUGAGUGCGAAUAUGGUCAAGGCGUCGGUGGCUCGGGUUGGCGGUGCAAUGACCUAAGCUGCGGCGAUUGCAACAGCGCCGAGAAAUGCAAAAGGCACCCAAGGUGCGGCGUAAAAUCACCUCUACAAUCUUACUUAGAGGACGGGUUACGGGGCUUCCUACCGCAUAACCUAGAUGGGAACUCCGGCAAACUCAACUGCCCGGUCAAAAGCCAUACCGACGGGCCAUGUACAACGCCCAUGGGCUUCAAUGAUAUAUCAACCGUGGCAUCGCACAGGUACACUGGCAGGCAUAUUAGAGAUGUGCUUGCUGCGUUCUGCGGCACUGCGUCAUCUCCCCUCACUGCCCUGUGCUCUAUGCUCCGUUGUGUGCUGCCCAGUGCUCCCAAAACAUUUGAUCAGAUGUUCGCAUUCUUCCAAUGUUUGCUUGUCGACUGGAAUGAUCAGAGAUUUAAAUCACGUAUAACGCACAGAGAAGAGGCGUUCAACAGUGCCGUCAUUGCUGCAAAUUUUGAAAAUCCCAGUACCCAGCUGGAAAUCGCGCCCAUGUUUGGAACUACAAGCCACAAAUUCGGUAAGCAUGCUGAUGGUGCUCUCUACUCCCUGUUAAGCUGUAAUCCGAGUUCCAACUCAUCUCACGUCUGUGGUCCUUACAUGAAGCCUAUAUGCUCCGAAGUCAGCACAACGUUCACCGUGAAGCACGCCGAUCGGUAUCUGUCAUCCGUCCUGUAUCUGACAGAAUCAUUCUAUAAUGUGCUUCAGCAAUUGUUUGAGGAGUGCAAUAGCAAGUGUGGCAAACCGGGGACUAGAUGCAGUACGCAGAGCUGCGCAAAGGGCUGUGAAAGGCAACAGAUAAAAAAAAGAAGUGCCGACCCGAGUCACGAUCACGCCUGCAUUUCUGUUGUUAGCUGCCAGUCGACGCUACCCAUAUUGUACAAGUAUGGCUUUAUAUUCAACGACGCAGAAUCGCUAAAUGGAGCCAAGCGUAUCAACACCAAAAGGACGUGCGUUGAAUUUUGCAAGACAUUAGGGAAUGUUGUCAAACAAGGAAGCGUGCUCUACAACCUUGUGCAUAGAACAAUUCCAGAAUUUCUAUUCACCAUCCGCGCCCCCUUCAUCUGGCUCAACGUCGCCCUCUGGCUCCUCUCUCUCCUCUACCUCAUCCACAUCAUGGUCACCCGCCUCGACCUGCUCCACAUCAAAUCUCACUUACACUCACCCUCAAGUCAUAGGAUUGCUGCUCAAUCACUACUCGCCGAAGCACGCGUUAGCAAGCUUAACAGGGUGUUUUACCUGCAACCAUAA